AUGGAAGCAGGCACUGGGAGAGCUUGUCAGCCCGUUGUUACCUCACCUCAGCCCGUUGUUACCUCAGCCCGUUGUUACCUCAGCCAGUUGUUACCUCACCUCAGCCCGUUGUUACCUCAGCCCGUUGUUACCUCACCUCAGCCCGUUGUUACCCCACCUCAGCCCGUUGUUACCUCAGCCCGUUGUUACCUCAGCCAGUUGUUACCUCACCUCAGCCCGUUGUUACCUCAGCCCGUUGUUACCUCAGCCAGUUGUUACCCCACCUCAGCCCGUUGUUACCUCAGCCCGUUGUUACCUCAGCCAGUUGUUACCUCAGCCCGUUGUUACCUCAGCCAGUUGUUACCUCACCUCAGCCCGUUGUUACCUCAGCCCGUUGUUACCUCAGCCCGUUGUUACCUCAGCCCGUUGUUACCUCAGCCCGUUGUUACCCCACCUCAGCCCGUUGUUACCUCACCUCAGCCCGUUGUUACCUCAGCCCGUUGUUACCUCAGCCCGUUGUUACCUCAGCCAGUUGUUACCCCACCUCAGCCCGUUGUUACCUCAGCCAGUUGUUACCUCACCUCAGCCAGUUGUUACCUCACCUCAGCCCGUUGUUACCCCACCUCAGCCCGUUGUUACCUCAGCCAGUUGUUACCUCACCUCAGCCAGUUGUUACCUCACCUCAGCCCGUUGUUACCUCAGCCCGUUGUUACCUCAGCCCGUUGUUACCUCACCUCAGCCCGUUGUUACCUCAGCCCGUUGUUACCCCACCUCAGCCCGUUGUUACCUCAGCCAGUUGUUACCUCACCUCAGCCAGUUGUUACCCCACCUCAGCCCGUUGUUACCUCAGCCCGUUGUUACCUCAGCCCGUUGUUACCUCACCUCAGCCCGUUGUUACCUCAGCCCGUUGUUACCUCAGCCAGUUGUUACCUCACCUCAGCCAGUUGUUACCUCACCUCAGCCCGUUGUUACCCCACCUCAGCCCGUUGUUACCUCAGCCAGUUGUUACCUCACCUCAGCCAGUUGUUACCCCACCUCAGCCCGUUGUUACCUCACCUCAGCCCGUUGUUACCCCACCUCAGCCCGUUGUUACCUCAGCCCGUUGUUACCUCAGCCAGUUGUUACCUCACCUCAGCCCGUUGUUACCUCACCUCAGCCAGUUGUUACCUCACCUCAGCCCGUUGUUACCUCACCUCAGCCAGUUGUUACCCCACCUCAGCCCGUUGUUACCUCACCUCAGCCCGUUGUUCCCACACCUCAGCCCGUUGUUACCUCACCUCAGCCCGUUGUUACCCCACCUCAGCCCGUUGUUACCUCAGCCCGUUGUUACCCCACCUCAGCCCGUUGUUACCUCACCUCAGCCCGUUGUUACCUCACCUCAGCCAGUUGUUACCUCACCUCAGCCCGUUGUUACCUCACCUCAGCCAGUUGUUACCUCAGCCCGUUGUUACCCCACCUCAGCCCGUUGUUACCUCACCUCAGCCAGUUGUUACCCCACCUCAGCCCGUUGUUACCUCACCUCAGCCAGUUGUUACCUCACCUCAGCCCGUUGUUACCCCACCUCAGCCCGUUGUUACCUCACCUCAGCCCGUUGUUACCUCACCUCAGCCCGUUGUUACCUCACCUCAGCCCGUUGUUACCUCACCUCAGCCCGUUGUUACCCCACCUCAGCCCGUUGUUGCCUCAGCCCGUUGUUACCUCACCUCAGCCCAUUGUUACCUCACCUCAGCCCGUUGUUGCCUCAGCCCGAUGCACACUCUGACCCACCCCACCAACAGCACUCUGACCCACCCCCCCACAGACCCACACCCACCAAACACUCUGACCCACCCCCACCAACAGCAACACUCUGACCCACCCCACCAACAGCAGCAACACUCUGACCCACACCCACCAACACCCACCCCCACCAACAGCAACACUCUGACCCACCCCCACCAACAACACUCUGACCCACCCCCACCAACAACACUCCCCACCAACAACACUCUGACCCACCCCCACCAACAACACUCUGACCCACCCCCCCAACAGCACUCUGAGCCACCCCCACACACUCUGACCCACCAACAGCACUCUGACCCACCCCCACCCAGCAACACCCCCACCAACACUCUGACCCACCAACAGCCCACCCACCCCCACCAACAGCACUCUGACCCACACCCACCAACAGCACUCUGA